UUGGUUUAUAAACUGCGAUUGGUCGAUAUUAUGGCAUAAACUCGAUUAUCAUUGGCCAUAUAUUGUCCGGGAACGAGGAAAAUUGAGUUGUAAACGAGGCGCGUGCUUGAAGGAAAACGCAGGACUGAAAACAAGCGUGCACCUUUUCAGCACUGAUCCUCGUGGAUAGCGGUACAGGGCCAUUCCACCAAUUAAUCAGACCAGACAAGCGUGGGGAUACGAGCAGCAUCGGUUUCUUCGAUAAUCAUAGAGCUACCACAAUUGUGUUAUUCAGCCAAGCGGCUGCUGUGUUCACUGGAUAGUAGCUGUUGAGUUCCAUGAGCGGUGGAUUCGAAGCAAAACGGCACAAGCUUUGUUUGCCCUAAGGGCUGCAAGUGCAAGGAGCCAUAGCUAGUACUGCUACCAGUAUUGUUUUUAGAAGGGGAUAAACUGUGGUGCUCAUUGUGAUUCAGCGGGUUCUUGGAUCGAAAGGGACCAGGAAUAACAGCCUGCAAAUGAAGGGAAGCAAGUGGAAAUCGAGUAAUUAAUCGACCAUUAAAAGAACAGCCGUAAUCGUGGUGUUUGAUUUUUUUUAGCCACAUUGCUUGUUCGUGUAGCUGCACUCUAUUGUGUGAGCAUCUUUGUAUUAUUCGCACCAAUCUCUGACUAGGAUCCCGCGCUAUCGUUCGCCCGCCCGCCGCCCUCUCGGCCACAGCUGUGUGUAUUCGGUACUAUUUUCAAUCGGCACGACACAGUUUGAUAUAAAUAUGUAUUCUCGGGUUUGGUUUGUGACCGACCGGCGUAUCCACCAGGAGUAUCCGCAAGUCCAGAUCCUUCGGGCUCUGAAACAGCGAUGCGCCGAGGAGGAUGUUGAAUUCCGCUCUCUUCUCAUGGACCAAAUCGUGCUCACCAUCAGCGAGGGACAAUUAGGUCUGCGGGUGGAGCAGGAGGUGGUGACGUCAUACCCUCAGGUGGCGGUGGUGCGGGUGCCCACCCCCUGGGUGCAGUCGGACAGCGACAUCACGGUUCUGCGCCACCUGGAGAAGAUGGGCUGCAGGCUUGUCAACCGGCCCCAGGCUAUCCUCAACUGCGUCAACAAGUUCUGGACCUUCCAGGAGCUGGCCGGCCACGGGGUCCCCCUCCCGGACACCUUCUCUUACGGAGGACACGAGAACUUCCGCAAGAUGAUCGACGAGGCGGAACCGCUGGGCUACCCCGUGGUGGUGAAGAACACUCGUGGUCACAGAGGAAAGGCAGUGUUCCUGGCCAGGGACAAGCACCACCUGGCUGACCUGAGCCACCUGAUUCGCCACGACGCCCCCUACCUCUUCCAGGAGUACGUGAAAGAGUCGCACGGUCGCGACGUCCGGGUGGUGCUGGUGGGCGGCCGUGUCAUCGGCUCCAUGCUGCGCUGCUCCACCGACGGACGCAUGCAGAGCAACUGCUCCCUGGGCGGCGUGGGGAUGAUGUGCCCGCUGAGCGAGCAGGGCAAGCAGCUGGCGGUGCAGGUGUCCAACAUCCUGGGCAUGGACGUGUGCGGCAUCGACCUGCUGCAGCUCAACGACGGCUCGUUCGUGGUGUGCGAGGCCAACGCCAACGUGGGCUUCAUCGCCUUCGACCAGGCGUGCGGCAUGGACGUGGCGGGCAUCGUGGCCGACCAUGCUCUCUCGCUGCUGCCCAGCCGCCUCACGCGCAAGAUGUCGCUGCUCUCGGUGGUGUCCAGCGCCAGCGAGACGAGCAGCGAGCCCGAGGUGUGUCCGGCAGUCAGCAGCGUGCUGCCCGAGGCCGUGUGCAACAUGAGCGUGGGCUCUACUUCUAGCGAGAGCGACCCCGAGCUGGCCGAUACCACCCCGCAGCCCCCGAGCCGCCAAGCUGGCCCCAGCCCGGUGCUACCCGACCUCCCCGACCCGGCCUACAACUUCAACACCCUCCUCGCCAACGAGAUCAAAUUAUUGACUGAGUGAGCUGGACACAGCCAAGGCACGCACGCACACUCACACACACUCAGACACACACACACACACCCACAGACACACACACUUACAAACACACACGUGAACAUUUGGCGGUGGACAUUCCUGUUGCAGAGCACAAACACAAACUCCAAUACACGUUACACAGGCAGGAUGUUACAUGCAAAAGCAUGAGCUGAACAAACAAAAAUGUAAUGAAAAAUGCCAUGACCACAUAAACUGACAUGACGAACAGAUGUAGACGCACGCGCCUUCUCAUACUAACUUCCCCCAUAAACACAUAGAGAUCUAAGGCUGCUCCCCUGACUCUUCUCCCCCACUGCAAACAACCCAGUUAGUUUACAACUGCAGUUGGUGGCAGAAGUGGGAUCCAGAAGGUUAGCUGAAUUACGGAAUCUUUUUGUUUUCAAUUGCUUUGUGAGGGUGAGUUGAGCAAGAGUGUUUUUUUGGGGAGAACCCUAAAGAGCGUUACAUACACCAGCACAUAGUCAACGGAAAUCUGUCCAUCCUAUUGAGCGAGCACACACUACAGAACUGUAUUUUGGAGAAUGAGAUUGAUGCGUGGUCGUCGUUGUAGAUCAACCACUGAGGACGUAGCCAGGCUUGAUUUACUGUUGGUGAAAUGAAUUGUUUUGCAUGGGAUUUUCUCCAUGACUGGGAGAGGGGUACACACAGAGGACUAGAUAGACUGCCCACCAGCUCCAUGUAGCAGAGGACAGACAGGUUACACUGUCACAGGGACUAUUAAGUGCAGAUUGGGGCCAAUUCCAUCUUCUACCUCAGUUAAUUCUGGAAAUAGGAUGAUUGAAAAUCAUCAAAUACAAAUCGUCAUCACAUUUCAUUUGCAUUAAAUUCAUGAAUUGUCUGGAAUCAAAAUGGAACUUACCCCCCAACACUGACGAGGAGCUCCUAAACACUGGAUCUAUGGUCUGACUUCCCUUCCCCUAACUCUUAAUUGAAGAUGUCAGAACAUCUUAGAGCUCAUUAGAAUAACAGAACUGACCUAGGACCAUUGCUUAGGAGCACCUUGUAUAGUAACAACACUACACUAUUUCCUCUCAAGAGAAUCCAUCUAGAAACACAUAAGCAUAGGUCAAGUACAAUUGACCCAAAACCGAGCCUACAGUCACUCUGUUUUCAAUUUCAUGUUUUUAGGGGCUUCUUUUUAUUCGCUUUAAAAAAAUAAAAAAUAAAAAUAGCUUUUUACAGGAACAAUAGUCAAACGGAGACUCUCUUAUGAGACACAGUUUAUUUUUCUUCAUUUUAUAGUUCUUGGGAAGAAAGUUGGAUCCGUCUAGGAACAGUGAGUUACAGUGCGGAAGCUGUCACUACACCUACAAGAAUAAUAUACCUCAAAACAGAACUUCUCACUGCCAUAGAAUAAACUACUUUGAGUCACACAUAUCUGCCAGCAUCUUUGUGGUUUCAAGUGAGCCUUGACUUUACACGCUUUGAUCCCUCCAUAGGACGUAAAUAUAGUCAAGUAAAUUGUUUGUAAAUAAUAAUUUUAGAAGUGUCCAUGCUUACUAGUAUCGGGCUGAUAUGAAAAUCCUAGGGGCUGAAAUAACUGUAAACUUUCUAAACUUAAACAUUUUGGUAAGCUAUUGUGUACAACAGAUUGGUUUGUACAGAACAUGCAAUGUCAAAAAUAAAGUUUUAACAAAGAACAUGCGUGCUAACAUUUCUGUGGAUUUGGCUAAAUGCGGUUAAUCGGCCUAAUGUUUUGGCCGAUGACAAAUUACUGUUUAUUCUUCUCAAGAUAGCUAAACUUCAUAAACUUGUACAAAUAAAAUGCAAAACAAUACUAUCUUUUUUUUUACAGUGUGUUUGAUAGAAUGUUACCGUUUCAUUCCUCAAAAGGAAAACUUCUCCAGGGAUAUCUGUGGCCUAGAGCUUCUCUCUUGAGCUGUUGGUUAAUUGCGGUAAAUCUUCUACCACUCAGCCUUAAAAAAAGACCUAUCCACUACGUAUCAACUCUGGGGCAUCCGCCAUCAACCAAAAAGCAUUCGCAGCAAUCAUCCAAAGCACAAGCCACCCUACUUUGUGCCACUUAGUGACUAGCCAUUAUUGUUGAGGCCCAUAACCCAUAUGUAGAAGGCUUCUAUGUCAAACAGUUGACUCUCAAACAUAACUCAGGGAAGCAGCCUUGAUCUCAUCCCCACUCCUAAGGCAUGUGACAUAUCCAUCCUAGCUACAGAUCUGCCUAAAAUGUGUAUUGAUGACAAACAAAAAAAUAAAUGUUAAACUAUUAAAAAAUGUGGUGUACCAUGAAGGUUAACGUGCACUUUUUUCCCUUGCUUGUUUUAUGAUGUUCAGUGUUUUUUUCCGCUAAUCUAUGGUAUUUUUUAAGGAAAAAAGUGGUUUGUGUGCACUAAUCUUGUCUCAAAUAAAGUGAGGCCGCUGUGAAGCUUGAUUUUUGUGGGGGCGAUUUACUAACGGUCUGGAAUCUAACAGGGGUCUGAGGCAGUAAUCACAAGCGUGCCAAAUGUGAACGCGGCAAAGAAUUUGUGACUUUUUGGGAAAAAGCUGUCAAGUAUCUCAGCGGCUCCCCUGGGAUUUAACACCAUUUACAGUACUGUGAUUUGUCCAGCGUUAUGAAGUAUCCCUCUGAGAACUGGGAUUCCCAUGUACUUGACAUAGGGCCACGGGGUCUGUUCAUCACCAUAAGUCUAAGUCACCCUGCUUCCUUCCACAGCUUUUGGGUGAUUGGUCUACAAUUGUUGUCCCUUUUUUUUUUUAAGGUUACGUUUAUUGUGUUUUUUAUGAAGCCUGUGUCAUUCCACAUUCAUUCUUUUUUAGAUUAAUGUAAAGCGAACACAUCCUCUAGACCUUAAGACUAGCCAUAGGAAAGAAUUCAAGGACGGCCAUUUUCUCCAAUUUAUGCAUUGUUGGAAUAAUAUCCCUUUUCACUACAUUCAUAUAACCUACAGCAUAUCUAGAUUCAUUUACUCAGUAUGGUUCAGUAUGUGUCCAAAAACACUUAAAAUGCCUUAUCCCAAUUCCUUUGUGGACACUGAUAGGAAAUCACGGUUCAAACUGGCCUGGCAGCACCCCCAACUAGUCAUUGAUUUCAUCUAUCCGGUCUUUUCCGAUCAGUGCCCAUCAUAGGAAGGAGACAAGGAACCAAUUGACGAGAACAGGUUACACUGGCUAUUCUAUUUAUGACAUGGCUAAAGCUAUAAAAUUGGUGCUGGUUUGACGAUGUAACACUCCAAGCCUGUUCUGUACUGACCUUGCUGUGUGAAGGGUUUGUGACUAUCCUCAUUGGUGACUGUGUACACAACACUACUUAAAAGUUACUAUUUAUUUCUGAAUUGCUGCUAAUGUGUAUUUGGCUCAUAUAUUUGAAAGGGAAUUGAGGAAUCCGGUGUGUCUCUGAGUUUCUCUGCCUCUCAACACAUAGGAAAUGAAUCUGAAUGCCAAAAACAAGCAUUGUUGUAAAAAUUCAAUACUAAUAAUACUAGUAGUGAAAUGAUUUUAACAUUUAUUCUUUGUGUUUUGAUAUAAAUAAUAAUAAAGACAUGUCAGAAAUGACCUGUACAUAUGUAGGACUUGAAAGAGUUCCUUAGGGUGCUUUCAUCCAUCCAUUGUUUUCAGAAAAUAACCAGAAUUUGCGCUAAGGUUUACAAUAUUGAUUGAUAUAUUUAGUUGAUCAAUAAACUGCUACUGAUAUGCCCUAUUUUUUUUCAUGAUUUGAUUAAACUUUGUGGGUUCAAAUACAAAUUCAAUAUAAUCCAUAACACAAGAAAUGUCACCUUCAAACCAUCUGUGUAUGAUGAAAUAUUAAAAACGUAUAUAAAUGAUGAAGUUUUGGACCGCUAAUGCCAUGCAUCUGCAGGCUCGAGUCAUGCAAGAAUUUUGUGUGAAGAAAUAGGGUCAAUCAUUACUCUUAUCAUUAUUAUGUGAACCAUUUUGACAGCAUGGCAAAAAUGGAUCCUAAAUUUGGUUCUAGCUGAUAUAUUUACUAAUGCAAAAAUUAUGUAAAGACACACCUCUUUUUUUUAUUCAAAUAAAA